UUUCCGCGGCCGGGUUGGUUCAUGGUGCGACUGUGAGGGACAUUGGAUGACUUUGUGCCGUGUUUAGCCGGGGUAUUCGCCUUAGUUCAUUCAUUUUGACAGGGGAAGAGGUCGUCAACGCGAUGGAGGCUCUUAUUCCUGUCAUUAACAAACUCCAGGAUGUUUUUAACACAGUCGGGGCGGAUAUUAUCCAGCUGCCUCAGAUUGCAGUGGUGGGAACGCAGAGCAGUGGGAAGAGUUCAGUACUGGAGAGUUUGGUUGGCAGGGACCUCCUGCCCCGCGGGACGGGCAUCGUCACCCGCAGACCUCUUAUCCUGCAGCUGGUGCACGUAGACCCUGAGGACAGAAGAAAGACCGGCGAGGAGAACGACCCCAAUGCCUGGAAAAAUGGGCGCUUUUACAAAGGAGUGGAUGGAGAAGAGUGGGGGAAAUUUCUACACACCAAAAACAAGAUCUACACAGAUUUUGAUGAAAUCAGGCAAGAAAUUGAAAAUGAAACUGAAAGAGUUUCUGGCAAUAAUAAGGGGAUCAGUGAUGAGCCAAUUCACCUGAAAGUCUUCUCACCACAUGUUGUCAAUCUCACACUGGUGGAUCUGCCUGGCAUCACAAAGGUCCCAGUGGGAGACCAGCCUAAAGAUAUCGAGCUGCAGAUCCGCGAACUAAUCUUAAAAUACAUCAGCAAUCCCAACUGCAUCAUUUUAGCUGUCACUGCAGCGAACACGGACAUGGCCACCUCUGAAGCUCUGAAAGUCGCCCGUGAGGUGGAUCCAGACGGUCGCAGAACGCUGGCUGUAGUGACUAAACUAGAUCUGAUGGAUGCCGGUACUGAUGCAAUGGAUGUUCUCAUGGGCAGAGUUAUUCCUGUCAAACUAGGACUGAUUGGAGUGGUCAACAGGAGUCAGCUGGACAUCAAUAAUAAGAAAAUUGUGGCAGACUCCAUCCGUGAUGAGCACGCCUUCCUGCAGAAGAAGUACCCCUCCCUCGCCAACAGAAACGGAACCAAGUAUCUCGCCAGAACAUUAAAUAGGUUAUUGAUGCAUCACAUUAGGGACUGUCUACCAGAGCUGAAGACACGUAUCAACGUUUUAGCAGCUCAGUAUCAGUCCCUGCUCAGCAGCUACGGUGAGCCGGUAGAGGACAUGAGCUCCACCCUGCUGCAACUCAUCACAAAGUUCGCUGCUGAGUACUGCAACACUAUUGAAGGAACGGCCAAAUACAUUGAGACCGCUGAACUGUGUGGUGGUGCAAGAAUUUGUUAUAUUUUCCAUGAGACAUUUGGUAGGACACUGGAGUCGGUCGAUCCUCUUGGAGGACUUACAACCAUAGAUGUCCUAACAGCUAUUAGGAACGCUACGGGUCCCCGUCCUGCUCUGUUUGUGCCUGAGGUGUCGUUUGAGCUGCUGGUGAAGAGGCAGGUCAAGCGUCUGGAGGAGCCCAGUCUGCGCUGUGUGGAGCUGGUGCAUGAAGAGAUGCAGAGGAUCAUUCAGCACUGUAGCAACUACAGCACUCAGGAGUUGCUUAGGUUCCCAAAACUUCAUGAUGCCAUAGUAGAAGUGGUGACGUCUCUUCUCAGGAAGAGGCUCCCAGUCACCAAUGAGAUGGUUCACAAUCUUGUGGCGAUUGAGUUGGCUUAUAUCAACACCAAACACCCAGACUUCGCAGAUGCCUGUGGGCUCAUGAACAACAACAUUGAGGAGCAGAGACGUAACCGAAUGAGAGAGCUUCCCUCAGCGGUCCCCCGUGAUAAGUCCUUAAAAGGUCCUGGUGGGCAGUCAGUGUCGCCCACCGAGCAGCCGCCUGCUGAGGGCGAUGGCCCUAAGAUGGCUGGAGGAGCUCAGGGGGAGCAGGAAGGAGGAACAGGGACCUGGAGAGGCAUGUUGAAGAAAGGAGAAGAAUAUGAGGACAAGAUGAAACCACAGAGCUCCGUCCCCGUCAACCCUCAGAAAGGACACGCAGUGAACCUACUUGAUGUGCCUGUGCCAGUUGCCCGGAAACUGUCUGCUCGUGAACAGAGGGAUUGUGAGGUCAUCGAGAGGCUCAUCAAAUCUUAUUUCCUCAUUGUCCGUAAAAACAUCCAGGACAGUGUACCAAAGGCUGUGAUGCACUUCCUGGUCAACCACGUGAAGGACAGCUUACAGAGCGAGCUGGUGGGGCAGCUCUAUAAACCCGCCCUGCUGGACGACCUCCUCACAGAGUCAGAGGACAUGGCCCAGCGCCGCAAUGAGGCCGCAGAUAUGCUGAAGGCCUUGCAGAAAGCCAGUCAGGUGAUCGCCGAGAUCCGAGAAACGCACCUGUGGUGAAGCCCUGCUGAUGUACAGCCCCUCUCCCUUUCACUCGAACCCUGCGAUCUGCAUCAGCCUUGUCUCUCUUCUGUCUGGAUUUCACAGACAGCCGACUUGAAAAAUGCACUGGUGUCAGUUAGUGUGUAUUGAAUAUAGUUUUAUGUACGCAACGGACUCUUCUCGAACUACACUGAGGGCAGCACAUAUCAUGUCACACCUGCACACCGUCCCAUUCAGUGAUCUCUUUCAUGUAUGUUUGCUACCAUGUACGCUGCAGAUAACGUGUGGCCUGUUAAAGGACUGUGUGUCCCUGAUCUAGUCUAAAUUAAAGGUAGUGUAAAUGUCAUGAUGUUGUGGCUUCAUUUGCAACUUUUGGUGUUAUUUGAUAUUUGCAAAGGUGCACUCAGUAUUUUUUUAUGUUUGGCUGUUUGGUAUGGUGGUCAACUUUGCAUUAUACUGAUAAAGAUGCAGGAUCACAUAAAAGUUUUUUCCCCUUAAUUCUGAAAAUAACAGGGACUACAAGGAUAAAGUGAGUAGCGUGACUGGUCAUGUGAUCUCAACUUGGCGGCCCCUGUAAGGGAGAAGUGCUCAAUGUAAAUAAAACAGCUUUUAUUAGACUGUUGAUAGUGAGUCUACAUGAUUUGAAACAUAUGCACUAUGCAUCUGUUAUGUGUAAAUGUGUAAAACUUUUUAUUGAGACCAAAAUUGCUAGGU